AUUUCAAGCAUAUUUCGACAGUCCCCCUGCCUGGGCUGCACAACUUAUCAAGCAAGUACAGGAUCUCCAGAACAUGGUAGAUCAACUACAACACGAAAUCAAGACCCUUCGCGGUUCUCACAAAGCUAAACCUCCUCUUGAACAAUCUUGCCCAAGUACCGAAAAACCAGAAAACAUGGACACUGACAAUUCGGUUGCUAUUAAAUCGAGUGUGGUGCUCGUGGACAGCAGACUAUCAUCAUCACCAAGAACACGUUCGGUUGAUGUUAAAAACGAAGUUAUCAUGGAUGAAGAGCUCACAACAGAGACGAAGGACUCAACUGCUAUUGAGAUUCUACAACGAAUGCUCUUUCCUAAUGCUGAUGAUACUUGCUUCAUCGUGAAAGAUGAUCCUGAGAAGCGGAGACUGAUAGCGGAAUAUGACUAUAUCAACACUCAGAUCAUUGCAAAUCAGACAGCAAUUGACGAUGCCCUUGAAUACGUGAAGACCAUUAAAGACGUCGAUGAAGCUAGCGCUGCAGAACACCACAGCCAGAUUAUGGAGCUCGUUGUCUCGGUUAACCAGGAAAAGAAGAAACGAGCUUCCGCGUUGUCUGCCUUAAUCGUCUAUAGCUGGUCUGGGCGUCGGGAAGCAUUGCUUUCGAUUCUGGCUGAAGAAUCUAUUGUGUCACAGAAUGGAUCGGUAAAGCAUGAGAAAUGGGAGGCGCUUUCGUCUCGAAUUAAAGAAAAUGAUGCCGAGUUGAAGCAAUUGGAAACGCAGGUGAAUGAUCAAGUUCAGGCAGUGAGAGCUUCGUUCAUGGAGUCGGACUCGGCUCGACAUUUGAUACUGCUGCGAGGAUUAUCGGAUAAGCUAACGACGGAGAGAACAGCUCUGGAAGGAGAGCAGCAACAACUUCUGGCAACUUUUUUGCGAUGCGAUGAGGAGAUCCAAAAGAUGGUCAAAAAGUUAUUGGAGAAGAGUAAGCGACCGUAGAAGACUUGCUUGAUAUAAACGCACACCUUUCACGCUCGCGUCCACAACCAGACCAGGCUACGUGAAAGCAAUCAAGAACGUUGGUGAAUUAUGGCGCUAAGUGCCGAUAAGAAGAGAAAACGCUAAUUUAUUCAAUAGUGUUUGUAAAAGGAGGUAUUCCUACGAUAAAAAAAAAUCGGUUAUCGAUAGAAAAACAAACGAAGAAUUGACAAUGUCAUUGCCGUGUCAAAACUGAUGGAA